AUGACGGCCUUUUUCGAUACCCGAUAUAAAUUCCCUGUUCAGCUCCUCCAGCUGUUCUUGGUCCAUGUGGUAUUGAUCCUCUCAGUCGUGCGCAUGUUCAAUCGGCCGGCUGGUGCCCCCCGAACCCGGGCGAAUACGAUGUCUCUCGGAAUGAGUGCCAAGUCUCUGGUCAUCUUACUUUACGAACUUCUAUCUGAGCACGUCCGAGCCUUCAAGAAAUGGAAAAGCCUAAAGGCAUACGUCAUUCUUAAUGGACUGGAGAACGUCUUCUGGGGCGCAGUGGUGUUUAUGUUGAUCCAGGCAAACAUCAAGUUUUGCCAAGGGAUUAAUUGCACCCUGAGCUGGGUGAUUGUUACUCUGGCAAUUAUCCUGAAUAUGCUGGCCUCAUACAUGACGGUUGUUACGUGGCUCGACUUUCGAUAUUUCCGGGCUACCGGACACGAACGCGGCUCGAGACAUUCGACCAGAAGCGCGGCUAAGCUCGAGUCUGCCAACAGCGAUGCAUUGCAUGCAGCUCGCAAGAGUGCCCGAAAACACCGAAGAGACGACAACCGCGUUCCCAUGACCCGACAGACAACGCCACGACGCGAGAGCCGUUCGGGAUCUAGACACCACAGCAAAUCCUCCAAAUCCUCCAAACACCAUAGCAGCAGCUCCUCCAGACGGCACCGCGAUCCAUCGAAGCCCCCGAGCUAUGAAAGCCACCGAAGCCAGCGUCAUCACUCAAGACGUCACAGUGGUUCAGGACAGCAAGUCCGACAAGCUCACCUUAACCGUGAGACGUACUAUGAAGUUGACCCCACAAGCAGUCAGGUUCAACAAGGAUACCCCAGCCAGAGUCAUGGAGGGCAUUCAGGGUACCAGUGAUGAUAAUGUGAGAAAUGUGGACAUGAUCUUUCUAUGCUGUU